AUGUCUCUUGAACACUCCAAACGCAAACGUGCUAAUAUAAAACGCAAUAUAUCACGCAUUAAAUCUAUAGUUGAGGGAUCAAAAGACUUUGAUGAAAAGCCUUCACAUGCGGAGUUGCAAUGCCGACUGGGAAUACUAGAGUCAUACUUUAAACAAGCACUCUCAGUUCAAGCUGACAUUGAAGAUUUGGAUCCAUCAGACACAGGUCGCGCAGAUUUAGAGGAUAGCUAUGUCACAGCCAAACUUUGCAUUCAAGCACAACUUGGGGACGAAGGAAACGUUACAAUUAAUUACCCCGAGACAACAGCUCCAACACCUGUUUCCACGCCAUCAUUCUUGCCAAGGUUGUCGCUGCCUGUCGCUGGAAACCGUAAGAGCCUUCCAGGAAUUACCUCCUUAUUUACGCUGCAAACAGCCGAUAAAUCAAACUAUCAACAAUUGCGUAGUUUGAUUGACAAGGCAUCAGCUAUAUUCAGUUCGUUAGAAUCGUUGGGCACGAGCUCCAACAUCGCACAAGCAAUGCUGAUUUACAUUGUCAUUGGAAAAUGUGAUCAGCAAACUCGCAACAAAUGGAAUGAAUCGCUAGACUACAAAUCGCUUCCAACUUGGAUACAAUGCACCCAAGUUUUAGAACGCCAUUGUCAGUUUUUGCAUUCAUCCGACUCCUCAUCACAUCAUAAGUUCGAGUCCACCAAACCAAUUCGGAUUUCUACCCGUGGACAAAACUCAUCAUUCGCCAUCACUAAGCUUUCUUGUGUUCUUUGCUCUAGCGAUAAACACAAACUCAUUGGAUGUUCUCAAUUUAAGGACAUGAACACGAAUCAACGCUACGAUGCUGCCAAGAAAUACGACCUCUGUAUCAAUUGUCUGAGCAAUGGUCACAGAGUAGCUCAGUGUGCGUCGAAGCAUCGCUGUCGCUCCUGUAACAGAACGCAUCAUACGCUCUUGCAUCAUGACAACGCGACUCUGCCUACACUUGCAAGUCCAACAUCUCUUCCUGUUUCGCAAUCGUUUCAACCAUCAUCAUCAUGUUCAACUAAACCUCAUACAUACAACCAACUAGCUGCCACGCAUUCGCAUAUGGAGACAUCGGAUCACGGGCAGGUCAUUUUAGCAACAGCUUUAGUUUUAGUUAAAGAUUCAACGGGUGCGUACAAGCUUGGAAGAGCUCUUCUCGACUCAUGUUCUCAAGUGAAUUUCAUGACCGAUGAGUUCGCACAAAGGCUUCACCUUCGUCGAGAAAAGUAUCACAUUGGCAUUCGCAGCAUAGGUGACUCAGUUACCAACCUUAAAGCUCGAACCACCACAACAAUUAAGUCACGUACAUCAGCAUUUCAACUUUCGCUCCAGUUUGGUAUCACACCCCAUAUUGCAUACCAACCUGAUGCUGAAAUUGACACAAUAAACUGGAAUUUGCCAGCCAACACAACUUUGGCUGACGAAACGUUCUUCAAACCUCGACGCAUCGAUCUGUUGCUUGGAACAGAGGCAUUUUUUGAAGCUCUCGCUAUUGGUCAAAUAAAGCUUGGCCAAAAUUUACCUAAAUUGCAAAAAACUUUAUUUGGCUGGGUGGUUUCUGGAAGAUACCAGUCCAAGCACUAUACGCCUUCAAGGUCAUGUCUGCUUUUUCGCGAAGACUCUAUUGACGCAAACAUGCAACGCCUUUGGGAGCUCGAAACUGUUGACUGCAAACCCAACCCUAUUUCAUCUGAUCAUCGCAUUUGUGAACGUCAUUUUAUGGCCACAACACAUCAAGAUACUACUGGACGCAUAAUUGUGAGGCUGCCAUUUAAGGACAAUCCAGCUGCACUUGGAGCCUCAUACGACAUCACUCGUCGCCGAUUCCUAGCAAUAGAACGCCGUCUGUCGCAUUCGCCAGACACUUAUUCCCAGUACGUCUCGUUCAUGGAAGAAUACGAACGUCUUGGUCACAUGUCUGUAGUAAAAGCGCCGAAAUUAGAUGAACCACACUAUUACAUUCCACAUCACUGCGUACUGAAACCUACAAGCGCAUCAACAAAGUUACGAGUAGUGUUUGACGCCUCUUGCCAAACUACGACACAAACAUCGCUAAAUGACUUACUUUUAGUCGGACCAACUAUCCAAACAGAGCUGUACAUGUUGCUUCUGCGCUUCCGUUUAUAUCGUUACGCUAUCACCGCAGAUGUCACUAAAAUGUACAGGCAAGUAUCCUUGAAUAAAAAUGAUCGUAAAUUUCAUUACAUUCUUUGGCGAGCUUCUGCAGACGCAGAUCUUCUCACAUACCAGCUCAACACUGUGACAUAUGGUACCGCCUCAGCCCCAUAUCUAGCAGUGCGAAGCCUUCACUAUUUAGCAGAUAAGCAUAUGGCAGAAUUUCCAAUUGGCGCCGCGGCUGUAAAGACUUCGUUCUAUGUCGAUGAUUUUCUAUGUGGUGCGGAUGACACAGAUGCCUUACACACAUUAAAGAAAGAAGUUAUUGAGAUACUUCAACGCGGACAGUUUCCUCUAUCCAAGUGGCAUUCCAAUCACCCAGAUUUCAUGGAAGGCCAAACUAUGAAAGAACUAAGCGUUACUGACGAUUUUACAUCAAGUGCACUUGGGGUGACUUGGAAUCAACGCAACGACACGUUGUUAUUUUCAUUCACACCAAAGCAAGUUCACAAGUCUGUCACAAAACGCACAAUACUGUCUAUCGCUUCAUCGCUGUUCGAUCCACUUGGAGUGCUCUCACCAGUCGUGAUAACCUCAAAAAUAAUUAUGCAGGAAUUGUGGCUGCUAAAAUUAGAUUGGGACGAUUCGGUUCCUCAACAUAUACACCAAGCAUGGAAUUGUUGCUUAGCAUCUCUAAACUCGCUUUCAUCACUCAGCCUGCCUCGUUAUUGUCUGCUACCAAAUGCUCGCGACAUACAGUUGCAUGGUUUUUGCGACGCAUCAAUUCGGGCAUACGGUUCGGCAAUUUACAUACGCGUAGAAGACUCUGACGGAAAGGUUGCUGUGCAUUUAUUAACGUCGAAAUCAAGGGUCGCGCCAGUAAAAAAGCAGUCUCUUCCAAAACUCGAACUUUGCGGUGCCCACCUUCUCGCUUGCCUGUAUGCUAAGAUAAAGAACAUAUUCACAUCUGUUAGCAUAACUACUUUCUUUUGGACUGUUUCACAACUAGUUCUACAUUGGAUAAAACAACACUCUGUUACGCUGUCAACGUUCGUGGGCAACAGGGUAUCUGACAUACAGGAAUUGACCGCAGGUGGACAAUGGAGGUAUGUGCCUUCCAAAGAGAAUCCCGCCGACCUAGUAUCUCGAGGCUGCCCUGCUGCUGAUCUCAAAUCUUCGAUAUGGUUUUCUGGUCCUCACUUUUUGCAAGAAAACGCAAUGAAAUGGCCAAGACACACAGGCAAUAUUGAGCUUGACAUGGAUAUUGUGAACAGAGAAAAACGCAAGAAGACAUUUGCUAUAGUUAAGGAGGUAAACUACUUGAUCGAUGUCAUUGAUGGCAUAAGCUCGUAUCUUCAUUGUCUGCGUCUCAUCGCCUGGCUCUUUCGGUUCAGUGAUAAAUGCAGACGAAAGUAUACGACAAACACCAUUUCGCCAUCUCCUGACGAAUUACGACGUGCAUCAUAUUGCAUUAUUUUUAACAUUCAGCAACAACAUUUUUCAAACGAUAUUCAAUUGCUUCGAAAAAACCAAGCCCUAAGGAGUAACUUGAAGUUCCUCACACCAUUCUUGGAUAACGUAACAGGUUUUGAACUCAUAAAAGUUGGCGGACGUCUAGAUUAUGCAGAUUUACCCAACUCGCAGAAACAUCCGAUUCUACUACCCAGCGAUUCCCAAUUUGUACUAAAGUAUGUUCGACAUCUACAUUUGCGAAAUUUUCAUGCAGGCCCAAAGGCAUUGGUCGCCUUCAUCAGAUUAGAAUUUUGGAUUGUCAACGCUAGAGAUGUUGCUCGUCGCAUCGUUCGUUCCUGUGUGCAUUGUGUUCGUUACAAGCCAGUGCUGCUACAACAGGUAAUGGGCCCACUACCAGUUACACGUAUUACUCCUGCACGCCCAUUUGAACGUUGCGGAAUCGACUUUUGUGGACCAAUAAACACAUAUCUUCGAAUUCGAGGAAAACCACCAACCAAGUCAUAUUUAGCUGUAUUUGUAUGCCUCGUAACUAAAGCUGUGCACAUCGAGGUGGUCUCCGACCUAUCAACAAACGCAUUUCUAAAUGCAUUAAAGCGAAUGAGUGGUCGCCGUAAAAUGCCAUGUGAUAUCUUUUGCGACAAUGCUACCAAUUUUGUGGGCGCAUCUAACCAGUUAAAGAACCUCAAACAGAUCUUAUUCAAGACUGAAACGUUAAAUGAAAUCCAUAAAUAUUGUUCCUCUGAUUUUAUUAAUUUCCAUUUUAUUCCACCCAGGGCACCUCACUUCGGCGGCCCUUGGGAAGCUGCGGUGAAGAGCGCGAAAGGGUUGUUAAAUCGCACAUUGGCAAACACUAAAUUGACAUUCGAAGAGUUAAGCACCGUUGCUGUAGAAGUAGAAGCCAUUCUUAAUUCACGUCCACUAUGUUCAAUGUCAUCAGAUCCCAACGACUUUGGUGCACUGACAGCUGGUCAUUUUUUGGUCGGUGAUUCUUUGCGUGGCUUGCCUGAGCGCUCACUGGAGCUGAGGACCGUUUCACACGUUGAUCGCUACAACACAAUCACUGCCAUCAAACAAAGUUUUUGGCGUCGCUGGUCUGUGGAUUAUAUAAACGAACUACGAGCCCGAGUAAAGUGGACAACACCUUCACCUAAUCUCACUAAGGGUGCUUUAGUGAUCAUACAUGAUGACAAUCUGCCACCGCAACGUUGGAGAUUAGGUCGGGUCGAAUCAACCGUGCUUGGACGAGAUGGCCGUGUUAGAGUGGUGAAUCUCCGAACUGCCAAUGGAACUCUUUGUAGGCCGAUACAUAAAUUAGCCAUUCUUCCAAUUUCUUGA